CCCCGCUUCCCUACACAUUCCCCUUACCCUAAGCUCGCGCUCUCUCGGGGGGGCGCCGAUGAGCGAGCGAGACGCGCAGCACGUCGGGGGCAGGGGCAGCCCCCCGGACACGGCCAUCGAGUCCUUCUCGCAGCUCCCCUUCGUCCGCCCCAAGCCGCCGCAGCCGGCGUCCUCCUCCGGCCCCUCGCCGAUCCGGCUGUUCGGCUUCGAGGUGCCACCCGACGCCGCCACGUCCUCCACCGCCACCAGCGAUGCUGCCGCGUCCAGCGCCACCGCUGGGGGCCAGCAGCCAGCGGGGUCGGGUGCGGGCGCCGGCGACGGCAGCGCCGGCGGCGGCGCCGGCGGCAGCGGAGGGCGCAAGUUCGAGUGCCACUACUGCUGCCGGAACUUCCCGACGUCGCAGGCGCUGGGCGGGCACCAGAACGCGCACAAGCGGGAGCGGCAGCACGCGAAGCGCGCGCAGUACCAGAGCGCCAUGGCCAUGCACCACGCCCAGUACCCCGGCCACCCCCACGCGUACCCCGCCUUCACCAGCUACCACCACCACCACCGCUUCGGCAUGGCGCGCUACGAGCCCCCGCCGGGGCCGCCGCCGCCUCACCACUACCCCUCGUGGUCCAGCCACUUCCCGCAGGCUGCUGCUCCGCCCGUGGUGCCAAGGUACUACGCGGGGGCCGGCUCCCUGUCGCAGCCGAUCAACGGCAGCCCCGUGCCGGCUGCCGCGCUCUGGCGGGUCCCGGCCGUCACCGUCGCCGCGCCGCUGGCACGCCAAGAGCGGCCAGCGCCGCUGUCCUUGCCAGGCCGGGAGGAGAACGCAAUGGCUGCCGCAGGAGCAAGAAGAGGGAACGCAGCAGCAGGGCAGGGCGGCUCGCGAUUAUCCCUGUCCUCCUCUUCCUCCUCGUCCACCUCGUCGAAGCAUGAACGCCGCCGGGGAGAUGCUGCUGAGAACAGAGAGAAUGUGAGUCUGGAUCUCACCUUGUAAUUCUAGAGAUCGAGGAACAAUGGGCGUGAUCAUUUACCGGGUUCGUGAUGACUGAUGAGGGGAAAAAACUAUUCUUCUUCUUUAGCUCUUGAAAAUUGUUUAAUUAGGUAGCGGCGCUCAGUUGAUGAGAGAUUGAUUUGUUCGACUUCUUCCAAUUCGUGGCUUUCUAUUUCCUUUUGUGAGAAAUGGGAGACAAUGAUGGGAGAAAAACUAGGGAGAGAUCGAGCGUCAAAAGGACUGGCGCCAUCUUUUCUUUUGUCGCCUUAAAUUUGUCCGCUUAAAGCAUCUUUUCGCUUUCUUCUUA